AUGAUAUUUAAAUGUUUUAAUGUGUGUGUUAUAAUGUCAGGUCGAGAAGGUGGCAAGAAGAAACCUUUGAAAGCUCCCAAAAAAGAAUCUAAAGAUCUUGAUGACGAUGAUCUUGCAUUCAAGCAAAAGCAAAAGGAACAACAAAAAGCUUUAGCAGAAGCUGCAAAGAAGGCUGGUCAAAAAGGACCCCUGGUCACUGGAGGAAUCAAAAAGUCUGGCAAGAAAUAA